AUGACCACAAAUAAUCCAGUGUUCAAGAUCCCAAGCAAGAACCCAUCGAAAUUCCCAAAAGUUGAUCUAGCUUCUGUGGCAGAUAAGAACACAAUGACAGAUGACAACUUGGAUCAAAAAAACGACACAUUGCACGAUUUAGGGUUGAAAGGUGGGCCGCAGAAGAUCAAUCCGUUGAAUAAAAACAGUCUAAAGAUUCAAACUGGAAGAGAGGGGGAAGAAAAUGUCAAUUCAAGAGUCGAUGAGAAGCAGCAAAGGAUACAGAAAAGACAACCACAACAAGGGCAAAGAAAGGGCAAAAUUCAAAGGAAUGGGAACAGGAAGAUGAAUUGGAGUGCGAGAGUUCAGUUUCAGCAGCAGCAGCAAUUGUCACUUUCGACUAGAAUCGACGAUAAUUCGACUCUUUAUGAACUUGUGGAUGAUUUGUGUAAAAUCACAGCUGCGAAUUCCAAGUUGAAAGACGAGAUCUGGUCCCGAAUGCAGACAUUGUCUGAUCGGACAGACUACUUGCAAAAAGAGGAGCAAAAGCGGCAAAAGGCGAUUGAAUAUGAGGAACUUCAUCCAAAGGAUGGAUUUAUAAUUGAACGAAAGACUUUUGAUAAUCUAGUGAGGAAGCACAAACAAACGGCGAUGAAGGAUUCAGACUUUAAAAUACAGGAGCAGUUUAUGGAAGACAUGAAGACAAUGCCUAGUGCGUUUAUUUAUGGAGAUGAAUAUAGGAAACUACGGCAGAAGGGGAUUAUUCCAAUCGAAAAGAAUUCCAGCUCAUCAGGAAUGACUUCAAGCUUGCUAUAUAAGAGUCUUAAGAGCCUUGUAAGCACUGACAAAACGGGAGACAGCGAAGGAGACAUUGGGGAUGAAGAUGCAAGCAAUGAAGAUGGCCAGAUUAAAAGAGAGAUCAAAUACUUGAAGUUAGUGCUAAAAGAUAGAAUGAAGUAUAACGAGGCGCUACUUUCGACAAUCAGUGAGUAUGAGAACCAGCUGCUUGAGAUAAUGGAAUGCAUGGCACAGAAACACGUGAAGUUGAACAAAGAUGAGAUUAAGGCAAUUAGAGAAUACUCAGAGCAGGUUUCAAAGAUGGAAAACCAGAUGUACAUGGAGUACAGGUCGUAUACAGACGUAGAAAACCGAAGUGUGAAAUUAUAUGAUGGGGUGGACCGAAUUGCCAACUACAUCGCUGACAUGAAUUUGAACAAGUGCUAA